CCCCCCCCCCCCAAUCCUCUGGCUCGAAAAUUAGGGUUUGGUCUGGGUGGUGAAAGAAAUCGAAUUUCCUACAUGUUCCGUUCAAUAAAUUAUCUCCAAAUCACAUUCGGGUUCAUCUUCUAAAAAAACCCACCUCUGAAAUACCAAUCGAAAUCCAAUUUCUUACUAUGAUUAUUAUAUUCUCCUCCCCCAUCGCCUUUCUCACCUGUGAAAAUAUUCGUGUUUUUUUCGGUCCCGGCCUCAAUCCCUUCUCUCCUUAUUGCGUUGCCCAUCACUCCACUUCUCGCUAAAUCAUUUUUGUUUGUUGAAAAACUGAACAUGUAAAUCUGUCGUCUGCCCUUGUUCCUGUUGAUCUUUUUAAUUAAUUAUAUCUUAUAGAGAACUCGGUUAAAAACAAAUUAAUUGCUGGAUCUUCAAGGAUUGUGUGCGUGCAUAUUAUUGUUCCAUUGAAGUAUGCCACAGGAAGCUUUCGUUGCGGUUUCGUUGAGGCGUAAUUUGUCAAGAAGACGGUCGUCUAGGUCAGUUGGGGAUGUGGAUAGAGAUGAUAGAGGUUGGAAUUUGCUUCAUAUUGGUGCUAGAAAAGGUGAUCUCAAACAGGUGAAACGUUUACUCGAUGAAGGAAUGGAUGUUAACGUGCCUGCAUGGGGCCCAAAAUCAAAAGGCCUGACUCCUCUCCACCUUGCUGCUCAGGGGGGUCACCUUGAGAUUAUGGCUGAAUUGCUCGAGCGUGGUGCUAAUAUUGAUGCUAGAACCUUGGGUGCUUGUGGUUGGACACCACUUCACAGUGCUGCCAAGGAGAGGAAGAAAGAAGCAGUCAAAUUUCUCAUAGAGAACGGUGCAUUCUUGCCAGAUGAUAUUAAUGAUAGCAGAUUCAACCCACCACUCCAUUACUGCCCUGGUCUUGAAUGGGCAUAUGAGGAGAUGAAGCGUCAUCAGAGAGAGAACUUGUCAUCAGGCGAAGCAUCUUAUAGCUCUGAAAGCUAAUGCCCUUUACCGUGGUCGCCCUGCAGCUUUCUGUAUUGCACUAAAAUGUUAUGUGAUUUCCAAGGGUGUUGUAUUCUUGUGUUUAUCUGGGAGUCUGGAAUGUUCUGUUAUAAUAUGUAAAACUUCUCGCAUGCACUGGAACUAGAUUGCUUCGUUUAGUUGUGCUGUCUGUUGACAAUUUACUUUAAUUUUGUUGGAGGACCA